UGCCCAGCUGCACAUGUUAGCCUGUGGAAGAAGAAUGAGCUUUCUCGAGGAGCGUCUGGAUACCCACAUGGGUUCUCAUUUUCAGAGGGAAAUAGAGAUCUUCUCCCAAGAAUAUAUCAACCUGCUGCUCUCCAUGUAUUUCUUCGUCCUUGGCAUCCUCGCCCUGUCCCACACCAUCAGCCCCAUGAUGAAUAAAUUUUUCCCAGCCAACUUUCCCAACAAGCAGUAUCAACUCCUUUUUACUCAAGGCUCCGGAGAAGCAAAGGAAGAGAUUGUGAACUACGAGUUUGACACCAAGGAUCUUUUCUGCCUGGCCCUGAGCAGCGUUGUAGGUGUCUGGUACCUGCUGAGGAAGCACUGGAUUGCCAACAACCUCUUUGGCCUGGCCUUCUCUCUCAACGGGGUGGAGCUGCUGCACUUAAACAACGUCAGCACGGGUUGCAUUCUUCUUGGAGGCCUCUUCGUCUACGAUGUCUUUUGGGUCUUUGGCACCAACGUGAUGGUGACCGUGGCCAAGUCAUUCGAAGCCCCCAUCAAACGUGAGUAGCUAACAAGAGCCCCUCCUCCCAGGAGUG